AUGAGACACAGGUAAAAACAAAUAACAAAUAAAUUAAAUCUAAUAUAUAAAAAAACAAAACCAGUAGGAUUUAAAUAAGUUUAAACCGAGAGGGAAGAUCGAUGGUAUCAGGAAAAUAAAAAAUAAAUUAAAUACUAAUAACUUAAAAAAUUUUAUAUGCAUUUAUUUUUUCAGAAGAAUAAACAAUGUUUUAAGAACAUAAAACCUUAAAACAUUUAAAAAAUCAUCAUAUCUCAAGCUAAUUUUAAAAUUCAAUAAUUUGAUAAGAAAAAAAUUAUUACAAUAUUUUGAGUACAGAUGAAAAAAAAGAAGCUAUUGAAGCAUUAGCAGCUAAUCCUUCAGAUGAAAACUUUGAAAUUCAGAGUCAUAAAUAUAAUACUACUAUAAGAAAUUUAAAAAGAUGGUUUAAUUAAGGAUAUGUGAGAAAAUCAGGAUGUGGAAGAAAAAGAGUUAAUCCUUAAGCUGUUGCAGAACUUGAAAAAUGGAUCUUAUGUGAAACAAAAAAAGAAGGGAAGAAGAUUACCAGAGAUUAAAUAAAAUCUAAAGCUUUAGAAAUCUUCAAUAGUGAUACAUUCAAAGCAUCAAAAAUGUGGAUGGAUAAAUUUCUUUCAGAAUAUGAUAUUAAAUUUAAAGUUCAAACUAUUUUGUAGGAAUAAGGAUGCUUAUCUAAAUUAUAAGAAGUCAAAUUUAAAUAGGAGUAAUAAUCAAGAAGAGAAAAGGAAUCUGAAAGCUUGGAAACAAAACGAUUAAUUAAAAAAGAAUCAUAGGAAUAAAUUAAAACUGAUUUAAAUGUAAAAUAAGUAUUUGAAGAAAAAGUUUAUGUGGAAGAUUUCUUUUUAGAUUAAGUUCCAGCUAAUUAUUUUUCUGAUUCUUAUGAAAUCUAAAGUGGAUAAAACUAAGUUGAAUUAUAAUAAUUUUCUGAAUAAUUUAUUCCAAAGUUAGAAUUUCUAGGAGACAACUAUGAAGAUAUAUUUGCAGGAUACAAAUAUGAAUACCUGUUAGUUGAGAGAGCUUUAAGAUUGUAUUUAAGUUUAAAGAUAUAUAUAAUUUAUUAACAAGAAAUGGAUUUUUCUUUUAAUAAAAUUUUUAUCCAAGAAAUAGAAGUUUCAAAAUAGUAUUAAUUUAGUUGA